AUGACGAUCUUGGAUGCCAACGACAGUAAUGCUGCUCAACAGGGCAUUGUGGAUCCUGCCAAUCCCGAAAAGAGAAAACUCAUACAACAACAACUCGUCCUCUUGCUCCAUGCUCACAAGUGCCAGCAGCGACAAUCGACCUGCAAUCUGCCGCACUGCUCGACGAUGAAGGAGGUGCUCCUGCAUAUGACAUCUUGCAAUGCGGAAAGAACGUGCAGUUUCCCACACUGUGCUUCAUCCCGGCAAAUAAUGGCUCAUUGGAAGAACUGCAGUCGUGCCGAUUGUCCCUUAUGCAAGCCGUUGAAGGCCGCUCAAUCCAUCCAGAAUGCUCAGGGAGCAGCACCUGGAGGAGGUGAUCAAGCCUUCCCAACGGAUGCCGGCUCAUCCUCGUCGUCAGCUGUCGGCCUACCCCAGGGUGGUGUGCAAGGUAUCCGAGCUGGAUUGGAUAUGCUCGACUUUGGAGACAACGCUCCCCCAAUCAAAGAAUGGCAUCAACAAGUCACAAAAGACCUCCGAAACCAUCUCGUCGGCAAAUUGGUGAAAGCCAUCUUCCCAAGCCCCGACCCAGCAGCAAUGCACGAUCAAAGAAUAAAAGACCUGAUCAGCUACGCGAGAAAAGUGGAGAAGGAGAUGUUCGAACUGGCGGAAGAUCGCGAGGAAUACUAUCAUCUCUUGGCCGAGAAGAUCUUCAAGAUCCAGCAGGAGCUCCUAGAAAAGAAGCAAAAUCGGCAACAGCAACAUGAGCCACGCGUUGAACAAGAGCAGCACCAGUCACAACAACAACAACACGAUAGAAAAUUCGACACGCUCCCAGUCGAAGACCAUAGGUUUGCGGAAAGGAUCAACACCAUCCAAUGGGAGUUUCAAGAAAGGAACCAGGCCCAAAGGGAGCAACAACCGCAUGAGCCUCGCGUAGAACAGGAGCACUAUCAACAAGCCGAUGCAGUCGCGCGCAACGAAGAGCAGGAGAUGGUUGCGAACGAAGUUCUGAAUCCCAACAUAGCAGGAAAAUCGCCACCUACCUGCGAAGGAUUGCGAGACUUGCUACUUCCGGUUUGGGAGAAGCUCAACAGCUGUCAGGCUGCUCACCCCUUCCGGACGCCUGUCGAUCCGGACAUUCUUGGCAUUCCGGACUAUUUUGACAUCGUGAUCCACCCAAUGGACCUCUCAACAAUUCGUCAAAAACUUCAUGAAACUUCAUACACUAAUCCCUGGGAGUUUUGCGAUGACGUCUGGCUGAUGCUGGAGAACGCAUGGCUAUACAACCGAACCGGCAGUGUAGUAUUCAAACAUGCUACAAAGCUCUCAGAACUAUUGAUGGAUGAAAUGAAUCCACUGAUGCGGGAGCUGGGAUAUUGCUGUGCCAGCCAACCAAGCGAGUCCCUGCUUUGUAAUGGGAAGCAUGGUUGUAUAAUUGAUCGUGAUCAACCGUACAUGGGAUGCGAAAGUACCUACAACUUAUCUGGAAUGGAAUUCACCGAGAAGCUGAGCUACUGCUGGGAAUGCUAUGAGAAAAUGCCUGCUGGUGGACAUACUGUCCGGGGCGAGCGUAAUUCUACGUUCCAGAUCCCUAAGGAGUCAUUUAUGAUGAAAAUCUACAACCCGGUCGAUUAUGUCAGCUUCGAGCAUUGUAAGCGCUGCGACCGGAAAUGCCAUAAAUCGUGUAUCGGAAAAGACCUUCCAAAUGGCUUCAUUUGCCCAAGCUGCUUCUGGACGGUCGAGAUGGUGCGGCCGGUACAGCAGCCUGCUCAAGAGCCACAAGCCCCUAGCGAAGACGCCGUGUUUUCAAGCCGUCAGCUGAAAGUUAGCCUACUUCCGCUAUGGAAGGUUCUGAACGACCAUCCGGCUGCUCAACCAUUUCGUGUUCCGGUCGAUCCUGAGCUUCUUGGCAUUCCGGACUACCCGAAGAUCGUGAAGAACCCUAUGGAUCUCGGGACGAUUCAUCAAAAGCUUGAAAACGAGCAAUAUAAAACUGCUCGAGAGGUCUGUGAUGAUAUCUGGUUGAUGCUGGAAAACGCGUGGCUCUACAACCGAAAGAACAGCAAGGUCUACAGAUUCGCAAGCCAGCUUCGCGAAGCAUUUUUGGCUCUGUGGACACCGAAAAUGAAGGAGAUGGGGUACUGUUGUGUUGAAAAAACGCACCCAAUCGUGUGUUAUGAGAAAUUGUGCAACGCUAAGAUUGAGCAUCCCAAUCAAGCUUAUAUGUGCUAUGAGCGGACCUACGAUCUCGAUGGAAUUCAAAUCAACGAAGAGAUCAGCUACUGUUGGGCAUGCUAUCAAAAUCUUCCUGAGUCUGACCUUACUACCGAAUCCCACCUUAUUCCGAAGGAAGAAUUUUUGUUGAUGAUCCAUACGCCGGUCGAUUAUGAGACCCUAGAGCCCUGCAAGCUGUGCAACCGGAAAUGGCAUAAAGCUUGUAUUGAAAAAGAUGGACAAGAUCUCUCAAGUGGCUUCAUCUGCCAUAGCUGUUGCCCGGAGAAGAUGCCAGAAGCGUCGGUGAAUCAGCCCAUUGAACCGGAAGCCGGACUAGCCAAAUCCAAGCCAAUGAAACUAGAGACUGCUGACACGACGACUACAGUUAUCCCGCCAACAAUGCGUCAGAAGGUUUUGCGGAAAGCCGAAGAAAUUAUGAUGGCUCGUCGACCACAUUCUGGUUCAGAAAUGGCACGAAGG